UACCUCUUCCACCUGCUAAGAUUUAUGUGAAUUUUGGUAGGGUUUUGUUUGUUUGUUUUUCAUUCUUGAUUUUACAGGAAGAGGAUGCAAGGCUAUAAGGUUCUGUGGGUCCCGGGUUCAGAUCAUGCUGGAAUUGCCACGCAGGCCGUGGUGGAAAAAAAGAUCUGGAAGGAACGGCGCGCCCUGCGACAGGACCUCACACGAGAGGAUUUCCUCCAAGAAGUCUGGAAAUGGAAGGAGGAAAAGGGAAAUGAAAUAUUCCAACAGUUGAAGGUGAUGGGUGCCUCCUUAGACUGGGACCGUGUCUGUUUCACCAUGGACUCUGGCUUUUCCCAGGCGGUGACCGAGGCGUUUGUGCGAUUGCACGAGCAAGGCCUGGUGUAUCGGGACAAGCGUUUAGUAAACUGGUCGUGUGCCUUGCGGUCGGCCAUUUCUGACAUUGAGGUGGAGAACAGGCAGCUCGGGGGACGGACGGAGCUCUUGGUGCCUGGAGUCCCGGGCAAAGUACCCUUUGGGGUUUUGGAGACCUUUGCCUACAAGGUGGAUGGAGAGGAAGGUGAGUUUACCAUGUUAAGCAAGCUUGUGCAGGAACAAACGAUAGCGGGCGGCAACCUAACCUUAAACAGGAUG